CCACCAAGGCUGCCACUCGAGCCCUGCUGCCAGGGGGCGGGCAGGGCUGGCUCCGCCUGGGGCUGGGCCCAUAUUACCCUGCACCCUGCCCUGCGGGCCAGAGGGACAGGCCCGCGUGUGGGGCAGCUGAAGUGGCGGCAAAGCGACAGCGGUGCAGGAAGGUGCGGAAGGGUCAUGGCCUUGAGGGCAGGUGACCACAGCCAGGCUGCGAUGAACGGGCCGAGGGGAAAGGUGCUGACGCUGGACACCAUGAACCCGUGUGUAAAGAGGGUGGAGUAUGCUGUUCGCGGCCCCAUUGUGCAGCGGGCCCUGGAGCUGGAGCAGGAGCUGCGCCAGGGUGUGAAGAAGCCCUUCACCGAGGUCAUCCGCGCCAACAUCGGGGACGCACAUGCCAUGGGGCAGAAGCCUAUCACCUUCCUGCGCCAGGUCCUGGCCCUCUGCGUCCACCCAGAUCUCCUGAACAGCCCCGAGUUCCCCGAAGAUGCCAAGAGAAGGGCGAAGGGCAUCUUGCAGGCUUGCGGAGGCCACAGCCUCGGGGCCUACAGCGUCAGCGCCGGCAUCCAGCCGACUCGCGAGAACGUGGCGCGGUACAUCGAGCGGCGUGACGGAGGCAUACCCGCGGACCCCAGCAACAUCUUCCUCUCCACGGGGGCCAGCGACGCCAUCACGACAGUGCUGAAGUUGCUGGUGUCCGGCGAGGGUCGCACGCGCACGGGCGUGCUCAUCCCCAUCCCCCAGUACCCGCUCUACUCCGCCGCGCUGGCUGAGCUCAACGCCGUGCAGGUGGACUACUACCUGGACGAGGAGCGCGCCUGGGCGCUGGACGUGGCCGAGCUGCGGCGCGCGCUGCUCCAAGCGCGGGAACACUGCCGCCCCCGCGCGCUCUGCAUCAUCAACCCAGGCAACCCCACCGGGCAGGUGCAGACCCGCGAGUGCAUCGAGGCCGUGAUCCGCUUCGCCUUCCAGGAGGGGCUCUUCCUGAUGGCUGAUGAGGUGUACCAGGACAACGUGUACGCCGAAGGCUCUCAGUUCCACUCGUUCAAGAAGGUGCUCAUGGAGAUGGGGCCUCCAUACGCGACGCAGCAGGAGCUCGCCUCCUUCUAUUCAGUCUCCAAAGGCUACAUGGGCGAGUGCGGGUUCCGCGGCGGCUACGUGGAGGUGGUGAACAUGGACGCCGCGGUGCAGCAGCAGAUGCAGAAGCUGAUGAGCGUGCGGCUGUGCCCGCCCCUGCCGGGCCAGGUCCUGCUCAACGUGGUGGUCAGCCCGCCUGCGCCCUCGGACCCCUCCUUCCCGCAGUUCCAGGCGGAGAGGCGGGAGGUGCUGGCCCAGCUGGCGGCCAAGGCCAAGCUCACCGAGCAGGUCUUCAACGAGGCCCCUGGCAUCCGCUGCAACCCGGUGCAGGGCGCCAUGUACUCCUUCCCGCGCAUACAGCUGCCCCCGCGCGCCGUUCAGCGCGCUCAGGAGCUGGGCCUGGCUCCCGACAUGUUCUUCUGCAUGAGCCUGCUGGAGGAGACCGGCAUCUGCGUGGUCCCGGGCAGCGGCUUCGGACAGCGGGAAGGCACCUACCACUUCCGGAUGACCAUCCUGCCCCCCAUGGAGAAGCUGCGACCCCUUUUGGAAAAACUGAGCCAGUUCUACGCCAAGUUCACCCGCGAGUACUCCUGAGCACUGCUGGGCACCGGGCCGGGGCGCGCCCUGCCAGUGCGCUGGGUUCUGCGGGUCUUGCUGCCCGCGGGGCCGGGCCCCUGCCUCUCUGCAGGCCUCUAAUAAAGCUGUGAGAGUCU